CAAAGUUGAAACAGUUGAAGAUGUUUCCAACAAGGGCACGUGUGUCAAGCCUGUGUUCCCAUUAAUCAUCUUGCCGCGAUGAGAAGUUAGGAGGAAAGUGGCUGGCUGCCUGGGUGGAGAGCUGGCUCUGGCUAGCAGCAUGUGUUUAUCCUGCUAUUAUAUAUAUAUUUAUACACAACCCAUCACGUUCCUUAAGAGGGAUUGUGUGUUCACAACUGAGUCUGUUGUUCAAAGUUGAAGAAAAACGGGGAAAUUCAGUUCCCACUUUUGGUCAGAUAAGUUGACAUUCAAAAAGCUGGAAAAUAACAGGAGAAAGAUUGGUCGUAGAAAGGCACCUAACAAUAAUAUUGUUGAAGGUGCAAAGCCCCUUGUUCUUCUGUCUGCAGUGCUCGAGGUGGAGAAAGAGAUGGCUGAGAAUGGAAGGGUACAUCCAGAUUGUGUUAAUGCUGCCAACCCUUACCAUGAAUGUGGUGUAGCUUGCCUUGAAAGGAUUUCCCAAGGGAAGAGAAGGAAAGAGAAGAAACAGUCAGAUUAUCAUAAUGGUGUAAAUGAGGGUUGGUCUAGCAAAAACAAGGAUGAAGAAAGAAGAGCACAGCCUACUUGUCCCAAAGCAUCUAAUCCUUACCAUAAAUGUGAAGAAUUUUGUUCUAAUAGAACUGCUGAGAUUAAUCCCAAGGGGAUUAAAAAGGAAACAGGAGGAGCACAGCCUACUUGUCCCAAAGCAUCCAAUCCUUACCAUAAAUGUGAAGAAUUUUGUUCUAAUAGAACUGCUGAGAUCAAUCCCCGUGGGGUUAAAAAACAAUCAGAAAGAGCACAGACAUGCCCCAGAGCAUCUAACCCUUACCAUAAAUGUGACGAACUUUGUUCCAACAGAACUUUGGAGGCCAAUCCCCAGGGGGUUAAAAAAGAUUCAGGUUCCAUUAUUGGUGCUGCUUUAAGCUUUGGUAGAAAAAAGAAGGAAUCUGGAUCUCAGCAGAACUCUCCCCGAGCUGUUAACAAUGUCCCUGUGGUAAAAGCAGCUCGCCGGGGUCCAUCACCUCUUCCUACUAAAAAGCAUGAUGAAGCUGAGAAUAGUGGAUCGUUUUCCUCAUCUCAACAACAUUCUGAUGAAAGUUAUUCUGAAGAUCAUUCUUUUGACAAGGGGCCAGUUCGAUCCCCUGGACCAAUGCACGUGUCUGGGAAUAUCACGCCUGAUCCUCCCAAGAGCCCUACAAAGCUUAGUUUGGCCUGCUAUAAGAUUCCAUCACCAGCUGAGCCGCGACAGAAUGGGAAGCUCCAUGGUUCACCAAAGGCUGCUACAUAUCCUUCUGCGAACCAUGAGGGAAAAGUCACUGAUGGUCCUAUUUCGGAGUAUCUGGACUUCAGCUUUUCAGGCAUAUCUCGUGCUUCAGAAGAGAGUGACGAGGAAGAGGUUCAAUCUGUCAUCUCUGAUUCCUGUGUGUCAGUAGGGAAAUAUCACGUGAGAGAAAAUAUUGCCUCUAUUCUACAGUUAAUCUUGGACAAGUAUGGUGAUAUUGCAGCAGGCAGUCGAUUGGAAUCAGCUUCCAUGCGAGCUUAUUAUUUAGAGUGUCUGUGCUCUGUGGUUCAUGAGUUGCAGUGCACUUCUUUCAAGCAGUUGACAAAAUCCAAAGUUAGAGAAAUGUUGGCCGUUCUCAAGGACGUAGAAUCCGCACAGAUUGAUGUUAGCUGGCUACGAGAUAUACUCAAUGAUCUGGCCGAAGGCGUGGAGCUGAGCAGUCAGCAUCAAGCUGCGGAAGAAGCAAAAUCAAAGUGUGAUCAUGCUAUAGAGUCAAUAAACAAAGAGCUAGAAUCCAUGAUGGAGGAUCUAGCUCAAAAAGAGAAGGCAGUUGUCGGUGCUAAAGCACAAAUCUCUGAAACAAGAGAUCGCUUGAAUAAGCUAGAGCUCGAUUCUUCUCGGUUAAGUGAGACUAUUUCUUCAAUCUGGUCGACAGUCGAAAAGUUUCAUGAAAAGCCCUUGGCAGACGAGAUCUUGUAAUGCAAAACAACAACUACCACCAGAUACUUCUCGUAUUGAAAAUAUGUGUUCCAUAUUUACAAUUUUACAGAAUUUAAUUGUAUGAAUCAAAUUACAAAAACAUGUAGAUGAUACUAGACAUGGACAUAGACACUGUACUUUGGUAUGUUAUAAAGUUUAUUAGUGUAUUAUAAGUUCUGUGAUGCGGA